CUGAGCAGCACCAUGGCGGUUGUUAAGAACAAAUGCUUUAUGAAAGGUGGCAAAAAGGGAGUUAAGAAGAAAGUAGUUGAUCCAUUUUCUAAGAAAGAUCAGUAUGAUGUGAAAGCACUUCCUAUGUUCAGUAUAAGAAGUAUUGGAAAGAUGCUAGUCACCAGGACCCAAGGAACCCAAAUUGCAUCUAAUCGUCUCAAGGGUCUUGUGUUUGAAGUGAGUCUUGCUGAUUUGCAGAGUGAUGAAGUUGCAUUUAGAAAAUUCAGGCUGAUUACUGAAGAUGUUCAGGGCAAAAACUGCCUGACUCACUUCUAUGGCAUGGGUCUUACCUGUGACAAAAUAUGUUCCAUGGUUGAAAAAUGUUCAGCAAUGAUUGAAGCUCAUGUUGAUGUCAGGAUUACCGAUGGUUACUUCUUUCGUCUGUUCUGUGUUGGUUUUACUAAAAAACACAACAAUCAGAUACGGAAGACCUCUUACGCUCAGCACCAACAGUCUGCCAAAUCCAGAAGAAGAUGAUGGAAAUCAUGACCUGAGAGGUGCAGACAAAUGACUUGAAAGAAGUGAUCAGUAAAUUGAUUCCAGACAAGAUUGGAAAAGAUGUAGAAAAGGCUUGCCAAUUUUUCCUCUCCAUGAUGUCUUCAUUAGAAAAGUAAAGAUGCUGGAGAACCCUGUGUUUGGAUUGGGAAAAGGCAUGGAGCUUUGUGGUGAAGGUAGUAGUUCUGGAAAACCCACUAGGGAUGAGACACGUGCUAAAGUUGAAUGAGCUGAUGGAUAUGGACCACAAGUCCAAGAAUCUGUUUAAAGUUCAGACUUAUAAUAGUGGCAAAUAAAAAGUCCUAUUUGUGAAAAACAAACAAUAAACAACAAUGUAAAAAAGCAAAAUUUGCCUGGUGUGGUGGUGUAUGCCUGUAAUCCUAGCUACUCAGGAGACUGAGGCACGAGAAUCACUUGAACCUGGGAGACAGAGGUUGCAGUGAGGCAAGACUGCACCACUGCACUCCAGCCUGGGCAACAGAGUGAGACUGUGUC